ACGGAAGUUCGCCAUAUUUGUUUGCACUGGAGACGGACCUAUGUUACCGGAUUUUACCGGCAAAAGUCACUUUUCUGUAGCACUGAAAAUGAUUUUGUUAUCACAUUUACGACAUGUUAACCUGUGAUUAAAAUAAAAUAAAGAAGGACAUAUUCUGAGGGCAAACAUGCAGUCCCCAACUGGAAGUGCAGAUUCCAAAAGUGUUGCAAGCAAGACUUCAAUAAAUGUAAAACUUCCUGACCAUGUACCCAGUCAGGAGGAGCUACAGCGUAACCUGUCUACAGCGGAUAGUCAGGCCGGCCCACCAGUACAGCAGGAUGCCUUCCCAUCUCACACACCAGAUUAUGGUAUUCGCCCACUUACAACUACACCAGUCAGUUCAAAGGAAUACCUCAUCUCUGGGUCACCGACCAAAAUGAUGCGACAACCCAAUCGGUCGGAGAAAGAACUGAUCAGACAAGCUGCGGCGACUAUUAUAGAAAGGGCAUGGAUCGCCUACCGAGAUAAACAGAUGUUCCGGCUCCUAAAACAUGCUGUGUGUGCCGCUGAAAAUUCAUUAUCAAAAGAAAUACUGAGAAAAGUUUGUCCGAAAGAAGCUGAGCUGUUGAGUGAUAAAAGUGUACAAGUACGGGUUCGAUUCAGGUUUGGCGGUGGAGAAUUCCCUCCUAUGAUUUUCUUUAAAGUAUUCAUACACACAGCUGGGAAAGGAGUUAAGUACAUGAGCGGUCGCAAGCUAAUCAAACCGGCAUCAGAGGCCUCCGAGGAUUCCCUGCGGUUGAUGGGUAACAGGCAGUUCUAUGAUCAGAUGUUGAGAGAUGCCAUUUUUCAGCAACAAUAUAAAAUCACGGACGAAAUAGAUGUGACAACUCUCAAAGAUUAUAUGCAGUACCUAGCUAAUACAGAUGAAACUCCUGCCAGUAUGGGAGGCAAGGAAAACUACUGGAGGAAGCUAACACUGGAUGAUCUGUCGAGGAGGACAAUAUUCUAUGACAUAGUGGAUUUCUUGUACAAUCAGCGAAUUAGUCCACGCCUUGCAGGGGAGAUUCCGAUCCUGAUACAGCGCCCUCUGUCACAGGAAAUCAAAAUUCAGCAUAUCAGGGCCAUAUCACAACUCAGGUCGGAGACUGUGAUACUGAAUGCACCCUUACCCACCCCGAAGUCCAAGAUGUCGGGACUCAUCAAUGGCCCAAGUCAACAAUCUAGUCGACGAUCCCGACAGGCCAAGAUCAGAGCGAUGAAGAUGAGGAAGAUGUAUGGUAUGGAUAAGGCACCGGAGUUGUAUUCUGAGUUUGGUAGUCGUCUUGACUCGCGGGAACCAACAGCUUUAUCUGAGGAGCCGGACGACUACUUGGACAAGCUGGGAAUUACUGGGGAGGAUGGAGAGGAGGAGGAAGAAGCUGGUGCUGAGGCGUGGGAAAAAGAGGCGGAAAAACUGUAUGAAUGGACACAAGAGUUAUCCUUCAACGAUGAGCUCAUUGGUACACCCUAUUUACCGGUGACAACGUAGCACGAUCUUGUUCAUGGACCACAGGUGUAGAUCUGAUGAGGAAGGAAAUCAUGGUGUGAUUAUUGAGGUUGAAAUUUUUAUAUAUUUCUGAACCUCAAACAGACGAUACUGCAGAGCAUUUAUUUCUCACAGAGGUGACUUUCUUCUUUGAAAGGAACAUUAAGAAAUGUUAAAAUAUUGUUGUUCUCUAGUAAAAGAUUAGGACAUCAAGGUUUUUAAGGAACAGAAUUAUGACAAUCUAACUCUGGAGAAGGAAACAUUUUUAUGGCUGUGUCACUUUUGAUCCUUAACAACAAAGAAUUGUUGAGUAAGUUUGUUAUUUAUGUAAUUUCCAUUAUGUGUGUCACACUCAUGAGUAACAUGUGAGUGUUUGCUUGUCUUAGACACAUUUAUUUGUCCUAUCAUAAUCAUGAAAUCACAGGUUUCAAAGUUGUAUUAUGUUUUAUAUUUAUAGAAGAAGUGCUGUGACAGGAUUAUUUUAAUUGUAUAAAAUAUUUUGAUAUAAUUCACUUUAAGUGCAAUCACCACUUUUCCUAACAUAUAUAAAAGAGCAUCAAUAUCAAGAUUCUGUAUUUUAUCAUCAGUUUCAGCUAGCUAGGUCUCCCCGAUUCCCAUUAUCACCAACUUCUGUCAACAACUAAGAUGUUCAAUCUCCUCCACACCAAAUAGAGUCCUUAUUUUAUUUUGAAAUAGAAGAAAUCUAUCUUCAAAGGCUACAUUGUUCCUAGGACAUGCCUCUCCAAUAACCUAUAAAAUGAAGAUAUUUCUCAACUCUUUUAACUAGAAUUUUAAUUGGCAUGAUCACACCAAUCCAUUUCAUUUCCAAAUUAUUUUGUCACAAUAUACCAAAGUGAAAUGUAUUAAUUAAGACCCUCAGGUCUCUACAGUGAAAUAGGCAGUAAGCCAAGGGAGAUAAUUCUGUUAGAGAGAACUGCUGCAUUAACUGGUCCUGAUGUUAUUUAACAUCCACACCCACACACACUCAGGCAUACCUAAGAAAACUUACUGAAUACACAAUUAAACACAAAGAAAAUAAGACAUAACACAUGCUGUGUUUUAAUUAUGAACAAUUCCUUCACUGUUGGAAUCAAAAUUGAGUUUCAGUACAAGUGUUUCAUGAAUUUGAACACUGUUGUAAUAUCAUCAUAGCUAUAUGAUGUAAUGUUAAGUUUAUUAAACUGUUUGUAACAUUAAGUGGACCUUUAUUUACUCAGUACAAAGGUAGUAGAUUCAGUGUAAGAUAACAUGCUAUAGAUGCAUACAACAUACUGUACACCCUGGAUAUAUUUAGCUAUUGAAAAAUAAUCACUGAUUAUGAAUCUUCUAAUAUUAUGAAAAGAAAUAUCUACAAUUAAGUUACCAGAUGAUUUUUCAUUUGAAACAUAUAGACUUGAGGUUCAGGGCAUUUAUAUAUUUAAGUCAUGUUGUGCUAAAUGGGUGAAUUAUAAUUUAUUUUAGCAGAUCGUACAGAUUUAACUUGGCCUUUCUCAGUAUACGCAAGGAUUUAACUGUAACUUUCAAUUUUUUGGCAGUUGAAUGAUUUUUAUCAGUGAUUAUUGAAAGUUGUAUAACUUCACCCUUAAAAUGUAGGAAUACCUCUAUGUCCACUUCAACAAAUAGGAAUACUCCUAUGGACACCGAUAACAAAUAGGAAUACCUCUAUGGGCCCCUAUAUCAAAUAUGAACACCUCUAUGGACCCCUGUAACACAUAGGAAUAACUAUAUGGGCCCCUAUAUCAAAUAGGAAUACUCCUAAGGACACAUAUAACAAAUAAGAAUACCUCUAUGGCCCCUGUAACAAAUAGGAAUAACUCUAUGGGCCCCUGUAACAAAUAGGAAUAACUCUAUGGGCCCCUGUAACAAAUAAAAAUACCUCUAUGGGCCCCUGUAACAAAUAGGAAUACCUCUAUGGGCCCCUGUCACAAAUAGGAAUAACUCUAUGGGCCCCUGUAACAAA